UCAGGUGAGGGUGGCGGGGCCAGCUAUCACACACUCUUCACAGUCGACCGAUACUGCUAGCUCAGGGAGGUUUCAAAAUGUCGGGAAUUGAAGCAAACAUAACCAUGGAGGACAGGCUGGAAUAUCUUGAUAAGAAUAUUGACGACAUGUUUCUUGUGUUCAAUGCGAUCAUCGUUUCUUUAAUGCAAGCCGGGUUCGCUUGCUUGGAAGCUGGCUGCGUCAAUUCCAAAAAUGUUACGAGCAUAAUAAUGAAGAACGUCUUGGACUUGUUUAUAUGUGGUAUCUGCUACUGGCUGGUGGGCUACUCCCUCGCCUACAGUCCAGGCAACAGUCUGCUGGGCUACUCGUGGUGGGCUGGCGUGGGGGUUAGUGAGACAUCCAUGGCUCAUUGGUUCUUCCAGUUCAUAUUUGCAGCCACUGCUGCUACUAUCAUCUCUGGAGCUGUAGCUGAACGGUGCAACUUUGCUGCCUACAUCGUCUACAGCUCUGUCAUAUCAGGGUUUGUCUACCCGGUAGUGUCCCACUGGGCCUGGGGGGAAGGAGGGUUCCUGGCCACUCUGGGUUACAGAGACUUUGCUGGUAGUGGAGUGGUCCAUGCAGUGGCUGGGGUCUGCUCCUUCAUUGCUGCUGCCUUUGUUGGUCCUCGCAUAGGUCGCUUUGAAAAUGGACUGGUUGUGGAGAAGCCUGGACAUUCAGUUCCAUUGGUAGGCAUUGGAGGCCUACUACUGGUAUCUGGGUUCCUGGCUUUCAACGGAGGAUCUCUAGGACACAUCUCACAGCCUGGGGACAGUGAGAUAGUGGCUCGGUCUAUCACCAGUACCAUCAUGGGGGGCAGUGGGGCCGCAGUGGUGGUGCUGGUGUUGAGCAAGGUGGGGCUACUGGGGCCCCCUACCUGGGCCUUCUCUACAACACUCAACGCUGUCCUGGCAGGCAUGGUAUCAAUAUGUGCAGCAGCAGAUAUUUACUCCACUCUGGGAGCCAUUAUAACCGGAGCAAUCGCGUGUCCCGUCUAUCUGGUACUUCGGUCUUUUGUUAUUUACUUAAGAGUGGAUGACCCAUUGGAUGCAGUGGCAGUUCAUUUCGGAGCAGGAGUUUGGGGUGUGAUUGCUAUGCCUAUCUUUUCUAAAGGAGGUCUUGCAUAUGGAGUCGACAACGAGUCAGUUGCUCAACUGUGGCACAAUACAGUAGGAGUCCUAGUGAUGAUCAUCUGGUCCACUGUCUGCAGUGUUUUGUUGUUUGGUCUGCUCAGACUACUCAACCUACUCAGGGUGUCCGAGUCAGAGGAACUUGAAGGACUAGAUAUUUCAAAACACAACGAGCCAGCAUACCCAGAGAAAGGUUGGCAUGUAUCUCACCCACCAAGCGUCCACAACCACAACACACUAAAAAAACAUGGCAGUUAUAGUCCAGCCCUAAGAGCAUUCAGCAAGCAGCCUACUCUCGCCUUUGACAACAUGGCAAUGGAGAUGGAAAAUCAUCAGAGAUUACGAUAGAGAUAGAACUCAUUCUCAAUAUUUAUUGUUUUUAUAUUAAUUUUAGUGAACGUAUGUUAAUAAAAGACUUGUUAAAAAUUUCAA